GAUUAUAGAUAAUUUUGUUUGAGUUUUAUUAGAAUGGUUGUUCUGUAAUAUAUACGUGUUUAUUUGUGAAUGGUAAAUAGUAGAAUAUGUAGUUGAACAAAUUCAGCGGGACUCAAUAACAAACUCUUUUAACAAAUUAUUUAUAAUUUUUUACAUUGUUAUGAUAAGGGACACGUCAACCUUGUAGUUAGAGGAUUUUUUGGCAAAAAAUCAUGAAGUACUUUCAUGUUUACGUUUUCAUGCUAUGUAUAUUAUUAACCACUGCGGAAUUAGUGGGACCAGAAUCACCUCAAAAAGAUAAGACUAAUGAUAAUGAUGAAACUACAGAAACAACAGUUACCGAAGGCGAUGCUUACAACCUUAUGAAACGAGAGAUAAAUCUUCUUCAGGAAUACGCAAAAGCUAUUCGCGAAGCAAAAGAAUUAUUGAAGGAAGAUCAAAUAAUUAAAGGUGACCAAGAUGAAAAAGAAGAAAAUGCAAAUUUAGAAUUUAUGAAUAUUUAUUCAUUGAAAACUGGUCAAACAUUGUUUAAAGACGAUGACUUGGGUUGGCUUGAAAGUGCAAAAAGUACAAAGAGUGAUACUGAGAAUGAUUAUGAGAAUCCACAAGAUAUUCUGAACAAGUUGGCGCCAUUACCAGAGGAGGAAGAAGAGGACCUCAGUCCUAAAAUGCAAGAAGCUAAGAUACUCUAUGAUGCUGCAGUGUUGAAAAUCAAGAAGCGAACACCAGACCUCCGAGGUGCUAUACUGCAAGUUAAGCAAGCAGCGGAAAAAGGCUAUGCUCCAGCUAAGAUAAAACUGGCUUGGUCUUACAUAUUUGGUGAAGGGGUGGAGCUGAACCUGGAUAAAGCCAGAAAGAUAUUUGAGGGCCUCUCGGAAUACGGACACGCCGAGGGUCAUGCUGGCUUGGGUUUUCUUCACGCGACGGGAUUGGGAGUUCCCGUGUCGCAAGCGAAGGCGCUUGUAUACUACCAGAUGGGCGCAAUCGGUGACAGCGACUUCGCGCAGAUGGCUCUUGGCUACCGAUACUGGCAGGGGGUCACUGUGCCCAACUCCUGCAACCUUGCUUUGCAACUGUAUAUGAGGGUCGCUAGUAAAGUGGCGCGACAGGUAACGUACACCGGCGGCGGUGCGGUUCAGCGCACGAGGCUCACGGACGAGGGAGAGGGCGCUCUCGAUACAGACCUCAUUGAGUACUACCAGCUGCUGGCCGAGAAAGGAGAUGUGCAGGCGCAGGUGGGGUUAGGUCAGCUGCACUUCCAAGGUGGUCGUGGGGUGACCCUCGACCUGCAAAAAGCACUUCACUACUUCCAACAAGCAGCCAGUGCGGGCAACUCAAUCGCUCACGGAUAUCUCGGGAAGAUAUACCUGGAGGGUGGUGACGGUAUUCAAGCAAACAACGAAACCGCUUUGAACUACUUCAAGAAAGCUGCCGAAUUGAACAAUCCGAUCGGUCAGAGUGGCAUGGGACUGAUGUACUUGCAGGGCCGUGGGGUGCCGAAAGAUCCACAGAUGGCGUUCAAGUACUUCACGAUGGCUGCCAACCAAGGGUGGGCGGAAGGACAGUUACACCUGGGCUUCUUGUAUUUCAGCGGUACCGGCGUGCGGCGCGACUUCAAGCAGGCCAACAAGUACUUCUCGCUGGCGUCACAGUCGGGCCACGUGCUGGCGCUCUACCACCUGGCGCAGCUCCACGCGCAGGGGCUGGGAGUCAUGCGCUCGUGCACCACGGCCACCGAGCUGUUCAAAAAUGUGUGUGAGCGCGGGCCGUGGUCUUCUCGGUUGAUGCUGGCACACGCCGCGUUCCGCGCGCGCGACUCGGACGCCGCGUUUUUGCAGUACUUAGCGCUGGCUGAGCGUGGCUACGAGAUCGCGCAGACCAACGCCGCCUAUUUACUGGACGAGGGUGAGGUACGAAUGUUCGGGUCGGAUUCUCCUUCGUCGCCCGGUAAAGGUGAGCGGUGGUCCCGUGCGCUGCAGCUGUGGUCAAGGGCUGCGGCCCAGGGCUGUGCCGCGGCACGUGUUAAGCUCGGAGACUACCACUACUACGGACUCGGGACAGCCCUGGAUCUAGAGGCCGCUGCGCAUCACUACAGGAUAGCAUCAGAGAACCUCCACAACGCACAGGCUACGUUCAACCUGGGCUACAUGCACGAACGCGGGUUGGGGCUGUCGCGUGACAUCCACCUGGCCAAGCGCUGCUACGACCUGGCCGCUGAAGCCAGCCCUGACGCCAGGCUACCAGCUGCACUGGCUCUCGCGAGGCUCACAGCUGUCACCGCCAUGUCCUCCGUACUGGAUACAUUGUUGCAGAGUCCGCUAGCCGUUAUAUUUAUAACGGGCGAGUCGACCCUCCUGUGCAACUGGGACGUGUACUUGAUCGCGUUACUGGCGGCAGCCCUGGCGCUAGUGCUGUACUUGAGGCGACCUCGCCAGCCCGCCGGCGCUAACUGAGCUGCCCUUGUGACACCUAGUGUGUCAGGACACAGACUAUACACGAAAUGUCAAUAUUGACUUUUUUUUUAAUGACCUUAGGCAGUGGCUACAGAAAUCAUUGGCCAAUACUUUGUUGAAUAUUUAUAAAAUAUUUUUUUUGUAGUUAUAUUUUUGAAUAAAGCUGUUAUGAAAUCCCAGGAAUUUUUUUGACGAGUGAUACUGUCUAAAUCUGGGCUAUCGUUCAAACUAUUUUGUGAAAAGAUGAACGCAAUAUGUAGUCAAAAUGAUCUCUCAUUGACUUAUUAGUAUCCAUGUAAGUAGAAAAAUAUUUCUGUAUGAAUUAGAUAACAGAAUUAUAUUAAGCCCAAAUAAUUUUCAGAUUUUUUGUAAACUAGUGAAUGUUCUUGCUUGGAUUCUGUUAUAAAAACACUGUAAAUAAACUAUUUAUUAUUAUA